AUGUUUACAUUAAUAAAUUUUAUAGUAGGGACUAAGAAAAUAAUGAUAUUUUGCUAUUUUUCGCUUAAUGAUUGUAAUUUAUAUUUAUUAAAGUGUUGUAAAUAUUUUUACUUGUUUUUAUCUUUUAUGGCUAAUAAGAAAUUAAAAAUGUUUGUAUUUUUUCUUUAA